CUGCUGCUGCUGCUGCUCCCCGCGCCGGGUCUUGGGACCCGGGGUCCUGCUGCUGCUCUGCGUUGGAGGGUCUCACCCCAGUUGUGGGGCCCAGAAACCCCUGAGGUUACAGAGCCCAGUCGUCUGGUGGGGGAGAGCUCCGGAGGAGAGGUCCGAAAGCAGCAGUUGGACACCAGGGUCCGCCAGGAGUCGCCAGGUGGCCUGCCUGUCCACCUGGCCCAAGUGAGUUUCGUCAUCCCAGCUUUCAACUCCAACUUCACCCUGGACCUGGAGCUGAACCAUCACCUCCUCUCCUCACAAUACGUGGAGCGCCAUUUCAGCCGGGAAGGGACAACCCAGCACAGCACCGGGGCUGGAGACCACUGCUAUUACCAGGGGAAGCUCCGAGGGAACCCCCACUCUUUUGCUGCCCUCUCCACCUGCCAGGGGCUGCAUGGGGUCUUCUCUGAUGGGAACUUCACCUACAUCAUGGAGCCCCGAGAGAUGGCUGGGCCUCGGGAAGCCCCCCAGGGACCCCUUCCCCACCUCAUUUACCGGACCCCUCUCCUCCCAGCCCCCCUCGGAUGUAGGGAACCAGGCUGCCUGUUCGCUGCCCCUGCCCAUUCUGCUCCUCUGAACCGGCCGAGGCUGAGAAGGAAAAGGCAGGUCCGCCGGGGCCACCCUACAGUGCACAGUGAGACCAAGUAUGUGGAGCUGAUCGUGAUCAAUGACCACCAGCUGUUUGAACAGAUGCGACAGUCAGUGGUCCUCACCAGCAACUUUGCCAAGUCUGUGGUGAACCUGGCAGAUGUGAUGUACAAGGAGCAGCUCAAUACCCGAAUUGUGCUUGUUGCCAUGGAAACGUGGGCAGAUGGAGACAAGAUCCAGGUACAGGAUGACCUCCUGGAGACCCUGGCCCGGCUCAUGGUGUACCGACGGGAGGGCCUACCUGAGCCUAGCGAUGCCACCCACCUCUUCUCGGGCAGGACUUUCCAGAGCACCAGCAGCGGGGCUGCCUACGUGGGGGGCAUCUGCUCCCUGUCCAGGGGUGGGGGUGUGAACGAGUAUGACAACAUGGGGGCCAUGGCGGUGACCCUGGCCCAGACGCUGGGUCAGAACCUGGGCAUGAUGUGGAAUAAACACCGGAGCUCAGCAGGGGACUGCAAGUGUCCGGACAACUGGCUGGGCUGCAUCAUGGAGGAUACUGGGUUCUACCUGCCCCGCAAGUUCUCGCGCUGCAGCAUCGACGAAUACAACCAAUUUCUGCAGGAAGGCGGCGGGAGCUGCCUCUUCAACAAGCCCCUCAAGCUCCUGGACCCCCCUGAGUGCGGAAACGGCUUCGUGGAGGCGGGGGAGGAGUGCGACUGCGGCUCCGUGCAGGAGUGCAGCCGCGCGGGCGGGAACUGUUGCAAGAAAUGCACCCUGACUCAUGACGCCAUGUGCAGCGACGGGCUCUGCUGUCGCCGUUGCAAGUACGAACCGCGCGGUGUGUCCUGUCGAGAGGCCGUGAACGAGUGUGACAUCGCGGAGACCUGCACCGGGGACUCGAGCCAGUGUCCCCCUAACCUGCACAAGCUGGAUGGUUACUACUGUGAUCAUGAACAGGGCCGCUGCUACGGAGGUCGCUGCAAAACCCGGGACCGGCAGUGCCAAGCCCUUUGGGGCCAUGUGGCUGCUGAUCGCUUCUGCUAUGAGAAGCUGAAUGUGGAAGGGACUGAGCGUGGGAACUGUGGGCGGAAGGGAUCAGGCUGGAUCCAGUGCAAUAAACAGGACGUGCUCUGUGGCUUCCUCCUCUGUGUCAACAUCUCUGGAGCUCCUCGGCUGGGGGACCUAGGGGGAGACAUCAGCAGUGUCACUUUCUACCACCAGGGCAAGGAGCUGGACUGCAGGGGUGGCCAUGUGCAGUUGGCCGAUGGCUCAGACUUGAGCUAUGUAGAGGACGGCACUGCCUGUGGGCCCAACAUGCUGUGCCUGGAUCAUCGCUGCCUGCCAGCCUCUGCCUUCAACUUCAGCACCUGCCCAGGCAGUGGGGAGCGCCGCGUCUGCUCCCACCAUGGGGUCUGCAGCAAUGAGGGGAAGUGCAUCUGUCAGCCGGACUGGACAGGCAAAGACUGCAGUAUCCACAACCCUCUGCCCACAUCUCCACCCACUGGGGAGACAGAGAGAUACAAGGGUCCCAGUGGCACCAACAUCAUCAUCGGCUCCAUCGCCGGGGCUGUCCUGGUAGCAGCCAUCGUCCUGGGCGGCACGGGCUGGGGAUUUAAAAACAUCCGCAGAGGAAGGUAUGACCCGACCCAGCAGGGGGCAGUGUGACAGCGUCCACGUCAUCCCUCCCACCGUCCCUGUCUCCAUCUCAUUUGUCACCUCGCAUUCUGUUGAUGGGAAGCCGAGCGCUGAUUCCCCCACCCCUGCUGUCGCUGCCGUCACUACAGGGGUGGGAGAACCCCGCUCCGGAAUGAAAGUCCUCAGCCUGCCCUUGCCACUUCCCCUUGCCCACACAUCUUCUCAGGCCUUGGUCCAUUUGCUCCUGCCCUUCCUAUGGCCAGACCACCCCUGGCCAGCGGGACCUUGGAGCGGUGCCUCCCAGAGCCACCGUGCCAUGGGACGGGAGCCCACCUCUGCAUCUCAUCUGUUUUGUCUUUCAUGUCACCGCUGUGUAACCUCCUGCCAGAUACCCUCCCUGGCCAGCCUGUGACUUGCAGCCUCCAGGGCCCUGCACUGACCUCCCAGGGCCCAGCUUGGGGACUCUCUCUCUCUGGGCCCUGCUUCAUAUCCUCCCCUGAUGCCCCCUCUCCGUUCCAGGUCCGGAGGGGCCUAAGUGCCACCCCCCCUCCCUCCGAGCCUGGUACCCACGUCUCCGCCCUGAAACACGAGGCUGCCCUCGCCCGGACACGGAGGGAGGCAUCAUGCAGUGUCUUCUGGGUCCAAGCCUUUCAACUCCUGGCCCCACAGGGGUUUGGGUGGGGGCCUGUGGCCCUGCCCUCACACCACCAGGGUGGACCAGGCCUGGGGCAUUUCCCUCAUGGUCACCCACCCCACCUCAUUCGGCUUUGGCCUUGCACACCAAUUCUCCCUGUGUGAAUGUAGCUUCCAUCAUCACAGAUUGCCACAGCUCAGCUGAGGGGAGGGUGGCUAGAGGGAUGCCCCAGUGGGCAUGGCCUGGGAUGGCCCUUCCUCAAAACCAGGCAGCUGGGACCAGAGUUUUAGCUCUCUGGGACUUAGGGGGAGAGGGCUGACAUCUACAGUUUUUUGUUUGUUUGUUUGUUUGUUUUUAAUGAAUCUUAACUGAUGAAUGUAACUCGGGGGGUGCUGGGGCCAGGGCAGUUGUAGGAAUAUUUUGACAUUUGUGGGAGUGACCAGAGGAACUGAGGCACAGCCAUCCCCUGGGCUCUCCCCCAGGAUGACCACACCUGGAGUCCUCUCACUGAACAGAGCUGUCCCCAAGCCAGGCAGAGGCUGGGCAUCUUUGCUUGCUCCCUCCUCCCAGCCCUGCUGAGCUUGGAGAGAAGUUUGAGUGCUGAUUCAAACCAAAGCUGCCUGUUCCGUGCCCAAGUCUAGGUUAUGGGUACGGCGACCACACAUCCCAGAUUGUCUUCAGUUCUAAAAUGACUAUCCUGCUGUCCUGCCAGGACGCAUAUAUACGGGGGUCUAGAAAAUACAGUCCCUGAAAUAAAAUGGCACCUUCCCCCUUUCAAGCAGGGUGAUUCUGGGGCUGACUCAGGGUUUAGGUGCCCCCUGGCAUGGCCUAGAGUUUUUGGGCUGGGCCAUCUCCCCAGGGAGGACUCUCCCACGUAGAGAAAGCCAGAGGUGGCCCAGUGCCUGGAUGGUUAGGGGGCUCUGCCUGUGGUGUGCAUGAGGAGGUAGGAAAAGGCCAGUCUCCUGUAUGCUCCUCAGCUUCUAGAAAAGUCCUCAAGGCCCUGGCAAACCCAUUCCACUCCUCACCCCUCUUCCAGGGCCGAGUAGUAAGUUUACAGUCGUCCUCAUUAUAUCCUCUGAUCCCUACUGCAGCCGAGCCUGAGAGACAGGCUGAGUCUGGGCAAAAUUGCUCAGUCCUUCCACACAGUCCUGCCCAUGGCCUUCCCUCAUGACCCUCGCUGGAGACAGAGGAGCUUGGCUGCCGAAGACCAGCUGUCAGGAGCGAAGUGGCAGUCAAGCUACCUAUGGAUGAAAGCCACAAAUGAAUGGAGCCCCUCUUUCCAGGGAUUCCUCGCCCAGACUCAGCAGAGGUUUCUGAGCAUCCCGGGGCCUUUGAGCUGCCUGUUUCAGUCCCUCUGUUUCUGGGGCAUCUUUGAGGAGGAAUCAUGGAAGAGAUGGCUCCCUGUUUAUCUGCCCCGCCCCUCAGGGCAAACGGGACUGAGGCCCACUGACACCAUUUUGGGUGGCUGUCUGUGCCUAAGCAGGGUCCUCAAUACUGAGCUCUAGCUGGCACUGCCCAAGUGAGGGGGAUGGGUGGAGUACUCCUCUGGCCAGUCCUGCUCCACCAGACCCCCUAAACGGGCUGGGGCAGGAGGGCAAGGGCUGGGUUUUGCACUAUUGCUGCAAUACCUUAUGGCGCCCUCUGGUGGUACACGUGACGAUGCAUCUGGCACAAGCAUUUGGCUCCACAUCUCUGCACAAGUGUGAAUACCUCUGCACACAUGGACAUGGCUGUGUGUGCUCACAUGGGGGUGGGGGUGUGAAGAACUCAAGACUUCUUGUGACCAGUCCACUUGGCUCCCAGCUGUCUGCAUCCUCCUGCCCCCACCCUGGCAGCACCCAGGGACGAUGGGAGGCUGCAUUGGCCUGGGCCUGAAACUGGCUCCAUACAGCAUCCUGUAUAUAUGUCAUCUGGGGCUUGGGGUGGGGAGGCAGGGACAGGAACAUCAAUUAAAGAUCACGU